UCAAAUAAAAAAAAGUAAAAAAAAAAAAGGAGUCUUUCAUAUUAGCUCCUCUUCUUCUCCCCCUUUCUCUGUUUCUCUGUUUCUCUCUCUAUCUCUCUAGAGUUUGUUUUCUGGUUAAUCUCUGCUUUGUCUUUCGACUUGGAUCAAAUUUUCAAAUACCCAUUUCUUCUCAAAUAUCUCUUUAUAUAUAUUUAUAUAUUUGGGUUUAGCUUAUAUGUUUGGUUUAGUUUCACCUUGACCCCAAUCCCUCCCUCGCUCGCCUCGCUCGCUCGUUCGACCAUUGGAGGCUUCUAUUCAUCGUCGUCUGUGACUUGGGUUCCUUUAUCCUCGCCCUUGCUGUUUUUCGCUUUCUGGGUCUGCGAAUAUGAGCGGUGGUGGGUUUAGGGUUUCAAUCCCCAGUAGUGUCAGGAAGACGAUCCAGAACAUUAAGGAGAUCACGAGUAAUCACACUGACGAGGAAAUCUAUGCAAUGCUUAAAGAAUGCUCCAUGGAUCCUAAUGAGACUACCCAGAAGCUUCUUCUUCAGGAUACUUUCCAUGAGGUGAAAAGGAAACGAGACAGGAAAAAAGAGAAUCUGAACAACAGAGAAUCUUCUGAGUCACGGUGGAGACCUGGAGUGCAGGGGCGUGGGGGCAGGGGCAGUCGCUCAAACUUUUCAUCUCGCCAUGUGUCACAUGAUUCUGGUGGUGGCAGGAUUUCAGGUCCUGGGAUGGAGAAUGGUCUCCAGCAAGGUGUGGAGAAGGGUGUUAAUCCUUUGCCUAUCUCUCAUGAGGCUAAGGAUAAAGAAGGAAGUUCGGUAACAAGCUCUGCUUCUAUCAUUUCCAAUGGCACGACAAUUAUAGCUUCUGGAAGUACCAAUGCACAAGUCUCCAACAUCUCAGCAGGAAUUGGUCCUGAGUUAGGGCCAACAUCUGUUGGCACUACCAACUUGAGCCUCCAGCCUGUUGAUGAAAAUAUGAAGCUUACCAGCUCAUCUACAAAUGAGGAUUCUUAUGAGCAACCUUCUCAAAGCUCCAAUAAUUUCUCAGCCAUGCCUGUGGCAACAUCUGCAUCAACUGUUUGUUUCUCAUCUUCAGAUCCAGUACUGGUUUUGUCUAAUGAUUCACGAGUCCCUGGUGCAGUUGGGACAAUUAAACGUGAAGUGGGGGGCCAUCGUUCUUCUGGUGAGCCAACUGCAGUAAUUGAAGCUGAGAACAAAUUAACUACUGGUUUGGAGACUGGUAGCUCUUCUGUACAGAGCAAGGUCGCAAGCAAGUCCCAGGGGGUGGUAAAAGGUCAGCUCACUGAAUUUUCACAGCUGUCGUCAGCAACAACUCUCGUUGGUUCUUCGAAUAGUCACCCAUCUUCUAAUUACAGUAGCCGUUCACAAGUAAUUGGCACUCAGAAGGUUGCUUCUAAUAAGGAAUGGAAACCAAAGGCUGUUCAAGGUUCUGGAACAAGUGGUGCAUCUGAGGUUCUGAAUGCUACUGUUGAAGCCACUUCCAGGUCGCAGCCUGUUUCAAAUGUCCUUGAGUCAGAAGAUGCAGCUUCAAAUCUGCAGAGAAAGCUGGAGGAGUUGCACCUUCCACAGCGUCAACAUGUUAUCUUACCAAACCACAUCCAUGUCCCUGAAUCUGAAAGAACAAAACUGAGUUUUGGAAGUUUUGGUGUUAGUUUUGGAUUAAGCGUGAGCAACACCAUUGUUCCCGAGAGUGACAGGAGCUCUACAUCCUUUUCUGGUACUUCUGAGGCUAUUGAAGAAAAUGCAGAGGAACAAUCCUCUAGCAUUCAGAAUGCAUUGGAAACUGCAGAUGAAGAGGAUUAUCUCGAGCAUCCACAAUCACCUACACAUGUACCCGAGAAUUUAUCAUCUGCUGAGGGUGAUGUCUCAUCCAAUGUUACCCCUGGACAUAGUGAAUCUAAGCAGAAUACUGGAUUUCCAGCUGGAGGACAUCAAUACGCAUCAGUUAAUACCUCGUCAAACUACAAUUUUGGGCCUUUACCUCCAAUUGUAGGAAGUCAGCUAGCCCCACUAGAAAACUCAGAGUCUCAAGCUCGUGAUGUUUCUCGCCUUCAAAGCUUUGUGGUGCAGCCCUUUGAUCCGACAAGUUAUUAUGCUCAAUUUUACCGCUCAGGUGCUGAUAGUGAUGGUCGCCUUUCUCCUUUUCCUUCUCCUGGUGUUGCCAGCAAGUACAAUGGGAAUGUUGCAGUAUUGCCCCCCUCGAUGUCACAGUCUCCACAAGAGGGCGGGAUCCUGUCUACAGCUGGUCAAACUCCAUUGGUCACACAAGCUGCAGGCCUCAUGCAGAGCUCAAUAGCUGUAACUCAGCAACCUGUUCCUGUCUUUAGGCCACCAACUGGGAUGCACAUUUCCCAUUAUCCUCCAAACUACUUUCCAUAUGGUCACUACUUUCCGCCAUUCUAUGUUCCACCUCCAGCCAUCCACCAGUUUUUGGGCAAUGGAGCAUUUCCCCAACAACCUCAGGCUGGAGGUGUUUAUCCAUCCCCACCAGCAGCAACUGCGACUGGAGUCAAAUAUUCACUUCCACAAUACAAACCAGGGACUAAUACAGGAAACUCCACUCAUACUGGGAUAGCAAGUGGUUAUGGACCUUAUAACUCCUCUCCAAGUGGUUAUAAUCCCAGUUCUGCCACGACUGCAGGAAAUUCAACCCCUAAUGAGGAUCUUGGUCAGUCCCAGUUCAAGGAAAAUAAUGUAUACAUUGCUGGACAACAGAGUGAAGGUUCAGCCAUGUGGGUUGCUGCACCACCUGGCCGAGACAUGUCAAGCUUGCCAACAAGUUCAUUUUACAAUCUUCCUCCACAAGGUCAGCAUGUGGCUUUCACCCCAGCACAGGCUGGCCAUGGCACCUUUGCUGGUAUCUACCACCCGGGACAAGCUGUAACUGCAGCAGCCGUGCACCCGCUUCUGCAACAAUCUCAGACCAUGGGUGGGGGUGUUGAUAUGGUAGGACCUGGAGGCAGUGUUUAUCAGCAAUCCCAGCAUGCACAUAUAAACUGGCCAAGUAACUACUGAAUAAGGAUAGACACUGUAAACAUCAACACAACAAACGCAGGUCCAAUAUUGGGAUCUUUUGGAAACUUCCCACAAUUGGAUCGAGACAUCAAGAUGAUAGAACCUUCACUAGCUUGAGUGUAAAUCCAUAAAAAGAGGCUGAAAAAUUUGCCAAUAGUAUCUCCUGAUUGCUUGGGUGAGGACAUAAAAGGUGCACUCCACCUGUAACUGAUAUUGACCAUUUUUUAGUUAGUCAAGGUAGGCAUGUGCAGGUCUUCCUCUUCCUUGCUGCUGCUAUAUGAGUGUUACCAAUUUUCCCUUUUCAUAGUUUCAAGCUUCUUCUGUCCCGUUCUUUCUUCAUCUGUGCCGUUAUUUUUGUUUUUCCCUCUUCUCAAGUUUUGAACUUUAUCAGAAUACAGUAUUAAGUGGUGAGAAUCGCUUCAUUCUUUUUCCCUUUUCCUCUUUAAUGUUUGAGGUAUUAUAGGAUUUUGGAAGGUAAGAUUUAGGCUGGUGAAGAAUUUUUCUACUCUUUUCUGUUUUUUCCUUGUCAUUUUAGUUGUCUUACUUGUAAAGUGAAUUUUGAUAGCAAGGAGAGGAAAUGUACUGAUUUGUUGUAUUGGUGAAGUCAACUUGUCAAUUCUUUCAGUUGGCUGAUAGAUUGUUAAAGCUUGUCCUAUUACACAAUGAUACAUGAUAACAGGGUUAUUGGUUUA